CUCCUGUGCAACGCGGGCUUUUCUUUUCGAUUUCUUCCCUCCCCAUUUUUGUUUCACACGAUUUAUCUUUCUCGUAUUGCGCUCGCACCACGCCACCUUCGCUCUCUCUCCUAUACGAGCGGACGGACACGAGAGCUUAGCCUCCGGUCCGCCCGCCUCGCUAGCUACUCGGACCCCGCAGGCGUGCUCGAGGGUCUAACAAGUACGGGGCAACUGAUAUUCUUUGCGCCGAACCAGAGACGAGCAAUCCCGUCACCAUGCUCACCUUCCGACGUGCCCUCGUGGCGGCGGCCUUCUUCAUCACGAUCCUAUACUUCACAACCCGUUCGACGUCCCCAGCUGCCUCGUUAUCGGCGAUCGAAUUCCCUAAAACCCAGUCGGGGUCCGAAUCCAAAGCGAACUCGCAGACGACGACUUCGUCGGACCGGCCAACCUCCAAUAACGACAACGAUGCGGUACCCGCUGGACGGAACCGCAACAGACCAUCAUCGCCGCAAGGGCAGCAGCCGAUGCAGGACAUGUCCAAGAUGACGCUGCAGGAAAAGCUCGCGUACCAAUUCCCCUACGACGUCGAGUCCAAGUUCCCCGCGUACAUCUGGCAGACGUGGAAGUGGACGCCGGCGCACGGGCAGUUCGAGUUUCGCGAGCAGGAGGCGACGUGGACGAACCAGCACCCGGGCUUCAUCCACGAGGUCAUCACGGACCAGGUGGCGGUGCACCUGCUGCGGCUGCUGUACGCGUCGGUGCCCGAGGUGCUCGAGGCGUACGAGGCGCUGCCGCUGCCGGUGCUCAAGGCCGACUUCUUCCGGUACCUGAUCCUGCUGGCGCGGGGAGGGAUCUACUCGGACAUCGACACGUACGCGAUCAAAAGCGCGGUGGAGUGGAUCCCGGCGUCGGUGCCGCGCCACGCGGUCGGGCUGGUGGUGGGCAUCGAGGCGGACCCGGACCGGCCCGACUGGAAGGACUGGUACAGCCGGCGGAUCCAGUUCUGCCAGUGGACGAUCCAGGCCAAGCCGGGCCACCCGGUGCUGCGCGAGGUGGUCGCGCGCAUCGCCGAGCGGACGCUGGCCCGCAAGCGCGCCGGCUCGCUGGCCGGCGUCGGCGACAAGAACGUCAUCGAGUUCACGGGGCCCGCGCUCUGGACCGACGUCAUCUUCGAGUACUUCAACGACCCGCGCUACUUCGACAUGGCGCGGUCGCCGGGCCCCAUCGACUGGCGCAACUUCACGGGCAUGGAGACGCCGAAGCGCGUCGGCGACGUGGUCGUCCUGCCCAUCACGAGCUUCUCGCCGGGAGUGCAGCAGAUGGGGGCUAAGGACGUGGACGACCCGCUGGCGUUUGUGAAGCACGGCUUUGAGGGGACAUGGAAGCCCGAAAACGAGCGACACAUUGGCGGGUAAAGGCGUCUGCCCUCCUACAUUUGACCAUGACGAUACCUCCUUUCAUUUCUCUCGUUGCGCACACGACGCGUACCCUGUUUUAAUCAUCCAUCUUGACACAAAAACUUGCAUGGCUCGGCGUUCCUGUGGCGGUGGCAAGCUGCGGCCCCAAACGGGGUUCUUUCUGGGGGACAGCUAUCUUAUGUUUCCCCUUUGUUUCUUCGUGGGCUCGGGACGGAUAGAGGGUGUAUAGGAAAUGGGGGCUUGAUUGAAAGGAAGGGCGUGCUUCCCUGCUCUGGGGAGUCCUUGAAGUGGCUGUACAUUUAGAUCAGUUGCGGGAAGGCCAAUGACCGGGUUGUCAAAGUGGUGUUUGGAUGAUCCCGUGUCGGUCAUUGGAGGAAGGCUGGAGAUACCUUCCUUACGCAAUACCGUACAUGGUGUGUUGGUCGGCCGCGAGGCCUAGGAAAGCUGGCAGGGAUGGGUUGACGACCUCGCCGUCUCCAGGGGUUUGUCGAACGGGAGGGGAAAGACAACUACGUGCAGAAGUGAUGGCUCGAGGCAUGAAUAGCCGCGUUGAUUCG